AUCUAUUACUCGGAUGGAAAACAGCCAACAUUCAAUAGGGAAUAUCGCUUUUACAAAACAUUUCGAAGGACUGGGUGCAGCAGUACAGGCAGUGCUGAUCCUGAACAAGGCACUUCACGAACCACCGAUCCAGCAGGAAACACCAACGCAACAGGAGCUAGCAGCGAGAGGACAUAUUCUGCUGGCUCCGAAUCUGUUAAUUCAACAACUCCUGUGCUCAAACAUUAAUUACUACUUAUUCGUGUGUGUUAAUACCUAA